UACAGUCCUACAAGCAUGGUUAUUUUACCCUUCAUUAUUAUCCCAUUAUUUUUCUCACUAUGCAGCAGUGAAGUAAAAAAGUUGAUAGUGGGGGGUAAAAACGUGGUCGACAUAAUACACUUUCCACAUGCCCUGUAUAUCCUUUUUACGUGCCCCGGAGAAACAGGCACAUGGUUAUGUGGCGGGUCCAUUUUGACUCAGAAUGUAUUUUUGACGGCGGCGCAUUGUCUUAAUAUGCAGUGCAAUAUGAAAAUUGAGGCGGUUGCGGGGAGUGAAAAUGUUCAAAAGUCACACAGCAUAAUACGACUCGUCGAUAAAUACCACAGACAUGAGUAUUAUGAUGAUCAAGGGCUAUCGUUACGCAACGAUAUCGCACUGUUGGCUUGUAAAGUGCCUCUGCCGCUGGGAAGAAAUGUAAAACGAGUCGUGGUGGCGAAACACUUUCCAAGGAAUACUAAAAUGGUUGCGGUCGCCGGAUGGGGAAGGUUUUCUGAGACUAGUACCGCGUUAUCAAAAACCCUGAAGUUUGUAUGGCAGUUUCUCCAAACCGAAAGUUAUUGCCAGAGACGCUUAGGAGAACCUUUAUGGGCUGGUCAGAUGUGUGCUACGAAUAAUGCCAAAAAUUACCCGACUGUCCACGAUUCCGGCUGCGCGCUAGUCUCCAAAUCUGGACACCAACUUGGCCUGGUAUCCUACAGGAUACCAACAGUACCAGACGUCGUUGUAUACACCAACGUCUCUCAUUUCUACCCAUGGAUAAAGAAAAAUGCACGCAACAUCUUCUGCCAAUUAUCAAAACUGCCAAGAAAAGUCAAUGAAGAUGAUUAUUACGGGGAAGAUCCGAAUGUAGAACCAGAUAAGGACACUUUAAUGCUAAAAUUAAGUAAACCGCAUAAGUAGAACUAUUUUUCACAACGAGGGAGAUCAGGGCACGUAGCCGAAUGGCACAAACGCUCACGAAACCUGGCCCUGUAGCCGAAUGGCAUUUCUACGACGCGAAACGAAAACGAAACGCCGCGAAAGGUAGUCUGGCUCUGACGCGCCAAUACGCAGGAGCGAUAGAGAUAUAUAUCUACGAGCGUUUCGUUUCGUGAGCGUUUGUGCCAUUUGGCUACGUACUCUGAUACUUACGUUAAUACACAGCAAUCAGGUUCCUGUUUCAAUACUCUGAAGAUACUGUAGAUAUUAAAAAGUUUAAAAAGAAGAAGCUUAAAACAAACUGAAUGUAUCUGAGGUGAUUAGGUACUCAUAACAUA